UAAAAAAAAUAAUCGUAAAAAAAACAACGUAGAAAAAUCAGUUGCUUUUAACAGAGGAAGAAAAAAAAGAGAAAAUGUGGCAGAGUGUGGGAUUUUCUUAAGACAAACACUUGUUAAUUAAUUGAUUUUUCACAAAACAACUAAAAAUUAUCUAUCAGUGAUAUUUACAUGUGUUUAUCUUUCAUUUAUUUUUAUUUUCUUUUAUUGUAGAAAAAGCAUAAUAGUAUAUUGUGAAAAUUUUAAAGAAAAAAAAACCAAGAACGAAACGACGACGACAUUAAACAGGGAAAGCAAAAAAAAAACAAGCAUUAGAUACAAACCAAAAUCUUUGAACAAUUUUUUACAACUUUUACAAAAAGUCCAAUCAUAAAAAAUUGAUUUUUAAGACUUUCCUUGCAACAGCUUUUUAUAAAAAGCAAAGAUUAACAAAACCAUAAAACCAGGAAGGAAUAUCGUUAGGAUUUUCCCUGGAUUUUAAACGAAACGAAACUUUUGCUCACUGAACUCUUUGGAAGAGUAUUAACAAUCCUACCAACAAAACAAACGACCACAUACAAACAAAAAUAUGAUGGAAUCACCUCCACUAUUUAAUAGUGUAGAAGACGAAUGUCGUUAUUGGAAGGAAAGGGCUAAACUUUAUCAUAAAGAGUGGACAGAUGUUAAGCAGGAGUAUGACGAAUACGUUGAGCAAUCACGUGAAAUGGAAGCCGAAAUGGAUGCUACUAUUGAUCAGAAACAGGCAACAAUUAAAGAUCUCAGAUUUAAAUUAUCAUCAGUGGAAAAAGAAAAUGAAUCACUUAAGAUCAAACUCGAAUCACAUAGUAUGGAAUUAAAUAGCAUUGAAAAACAAUUGGAAAAUAUGAAAAAAGAACGAGAUUCCAUGAAAGACUACCUGCGACAGUUGGAACAGAAAAAUGAUGAUUUAGAGCGAGCGCAUCGUAUACUAAAUGAAAGUAUUGUAGAUUUUGAACGAAUGCUGGACAAAGCAUAUGAAAAGAAUGCAUUACUCGAGAUGGAAGUAGAUGAAAAAGAAGUUUUACAAGAAAAACUACAAAGGCUAAUGGAUGAAACGAGAGAUCUUAAACAAGAACUUAAUGUGAAAACGCGUUACACGUCCACAAACGGUUCACAGAAUGGCGGCCUGGUGGGUACUGGCUCCGAGGUAACCACACCCAAUGGCAUUAAUGGUGAUAUAUUGUUGCAGCCUCUCGAUACAGCAGCCCUAAAUAAUACCAAUACAUUAGGAACAACAAAUACAAACAGUACAGCAACAAAUAUUAAUGAUUAUCAAUUACAACAGCGUUCAUUAAAAAGAAAACCAUUUGCCGAUCCGGAUAAUUUACUUAAUGGUAAUGCAAUGACUGCUAGUUCACGUACGACAGCAUUUAACAUUGUCACUGAUAUGCUCAAAAAAUUAAAUUUGGAUAAAGCACUUUUAUGUCCGCAAUGUGAUCGCUUUAGUUGUAUAUGUGAACGUACGAAAAUCAACUCCAACUCCUCCACCUCCUCCUCAAUCAGCACCACAACAACGGCUAACAAUGAUAUUAAUGCUAGCAACAAGUCGCUGGCUGAAGAUGCCACAGACAACAAUAAUGUCUUGUUGCGCCGUUCGACUAGUCGCAGUAAUACAAGUUUAAAUUUUGGUACCAACAUUUUUAAACGUUUCGCCGAACGCAUGAGUUCGAAUAGUAACAUUUUCGCCACAAGUUUAAGAAACUCCUGUGCCAGCACUGAAAUAUCAAACGAAAAGACAUAAUUAUACCUGGCCUGGACGAUAAAGACAUUGAGAUUAUAUUGUAUAAUUUUUGGUAUUUCUGUAACAAUUUGAAAAUGGACUGAUGAAAUAUACAAAGCACACCAAUUGAAAUAAACCCUAAUCAAAGUACUAGUGUUCGUUUUAGUAGCUUUAGUAGAUUUCUUUAGAUUUUAAGACACUUAUUCACAAUGAUCGCUCUUCUUUAGAUGGAAAUGAAAGUGAUAUUAUUGGUGAAUUUAGCCUUACAAAAAGUUUGUAUUAAUAUUUAAUGUUUAUUAUAAUUUUAUUUAAAUAAAUAUACGUUUUAUCUAU